UCCUUUUCCAUAUAUACAUUCUGCACAUGCUCUUUUCCUCAGACAAUCCUCUCUCAUAUAUAUGGCUAAUUUAUAAGCUACAAGAAGAAAAAACCCAUUAAAUUUUUCUCACUGCCUUUUGCAGUUUUGCUAGAAACUUUCAGUUUCAGUCAUUGAUUCAGGAGGAAGCUAGCAGGUAGCUUUGUAUAUCAUCACUAUGGGAAGGGGUAGGGUUCAGCUGAAGAGGAUAGAGAACAAGAUCAACAGACAGGUCACCUUUUCGAAACGAAGAACUGGGUUGCUGAAGAAGGCGCAUGAGAUCUCUGUCUUGUGCGAUGCUCAGGUUGCUUUGAUUGUCUUCUCUAACAAAGGGAAGCUCUUUGAAUACGCAACUGAUUCAUGCAUGGAGAAUAUACUUGAACGCUAUGAGCGGUACUCGUACGCAGAGAGACAGCUAGUCGAACCUGAUUUGGAAUCACAGGGUAACUGGACCUUCGAACAUGCUAGACUGAAGGUGAAAGUUGAGCUUCUGCAAAGAAACCUUAGGCACUAUUUGGGAGAAGAUCUGGAUUCAUUGAGUAUCAAAGAGAUCCAAAGUUUGGAGCAACAGCUUGACAAUUCUCUUAAGCAAAUUCGAUCAAGAAAGAACCAACUCAUGCAUGAGUCUAUCUCCGAGCUUCAGAGAAAGGAGAAGGCAAUGCAGGAGCAAAAUAACUUCCUUUCAAAGAAGAUUAAGGAGAAAGAGAAGAAUGUAGCGGAAGCUCAGGAGGUUCAUAAUUGGGAGCAGCAGCAACAGCAGCAAAACCAUGGCCUUAACCUGGUAGCACAGGCUCCACUUCCAUGUUUGAACAUGGGUGGCACUCAGCAAAAUGAUCAGUUCCUUCAAGUGAGGAGGAACCAGCUCGACCUUACUCUCGAGCCAUCGUUGUACUCAUGCCACCUUGGAUGCUUUGGUUCAUGAAUAUCAUCACCAAGUAAUAUUAUUAAUUGCUAAGUGCACUAGCUUGUAGCAUGAUGCUAAGGUAUUAUAUACUCAAUGUAUAAUUGGUGAAAGGUAGAUUUUCAGACAAAGCCAAUGAUCGAUUCUCUAGCUCUGUCGAUGAUGCUAAUUAUUAUGUAUUGCCAAACUUUAUUCGGCUUGCAAAAAAUUUCACAAUAUCUUAUUUAGUGAAUUUGAUGA